AUGGUCAGCGACACAAGGUGCAAGGUGGUGGUGCGGCGCCUGCCGCCCUCCCUGCAGGAGGAGGCCUUCCGAGGGGCGGUGAGGGAGUGGAUUGAGCGUGCAGACUGGUUCAGCUACGUGCAGGGCAAGGCGAGCUCCAAGGACCUGUUGCACUCGCGCGCCUACCUGCGGUUCAAGGACGCCGCCGACGUUCCCCGCUUCCAGCAGGCCUGGGAUGGCCACGCCUUUGUCAACGAGCGCGGCACGCAGUUCAGGUGCCAGGUGGAGUAUGCGGCCUACCAGCGGGUGCCACGGCAGCGUGUGAAGCGGGACCCAAAGGAGGGCACCAUCGAGAGAGAUGCCGACUACCUGGCUACCUGA